UUUGGCGAGUGAAUACACACGGCGUAGUCGCCCCGGAUUAAGUGCUUCCGCGCGAAAGUUGCCGGGUUUUCACAUGCAGACGAUCGUUUUUUUUUGGGUUUGGUAGCGAAAGGAAAAUAAAAUAAAUAAAUAAAAGGGGCAGAGAAUAUAGAAAACAAAGAGAGCGCGGGUUCGAUCAGCUGGAUUGUUCUUCGGGUCGGCGAAACUGAUACGGUGGAUUUUUGUGUGCGCGGGUGUACGCGAGGUUCUAGCGGAGUUAUUUCGCGGAGUGGAUUCACGGUGUGGUUUCCUUAAUCAGCCGAUGAGAGAAUAGUGUGGAUGGUCGAACGCAGGGCUCGUAAUUUGGAAGAAAGUGCGCCGGCCAUUAAGUGCAGAAACGUUAUGAAAAAAAUAAAAACAAAUCGAAUUAAGUUCGCUGAAUGACUGAUAAACGACUUGUUGUGCUGCAUUAAUGUGUUCCGAGAGCGAGAAAUUGGCAGAAUCUCUCAGAGUGGCUCAGGGGGGGGGAAGAAAGACGAAGAAGUUCUUCAGUGGAUCUGCGAAAGAAGUUCAUAGACUGGACAACGAAACAGUAUUUUGCCGAUAAAACGGGACAAGUACAAGGGGAUUGAAUAAAUAUAUGCCGACUGAGACUGACUGGGUCGACUGACUGAGAUGGGAAACUGCUGCAACUGAGGGUGCAGCAAAAAUAUUGGCUGCAGCUCGAACGCAGUGCUUGCUCGAUGAGCCGCUAUGAAGAUUAAUAAAACCGUGCCGUCCACCGGGACACCGAGAAAAACAAACCGAAUUGAACAAUAAAUAACUUGUUUGGAAUAUUAAAAUGUUUUACUGUUGCUUUUUUUUCGCUGGAGUGAUUGUGUAAUGGUCGUUAUGUGUUUCAAAUAUUAAUUUCGCUAAUUGAGUCGCAAUAGUGUUGUACCCGAGCAACUGUGAGGAUAACGAAGAUUGAAUUUCCGCUGUGGCUUUGUGGGAAUACGCCAUACGGAGCGCCAUCGGAAUCUAACCCAUUAGGGCAGCGCUAUCGAAGAGGGCCACUUCGUGAGGCAGGAACAGUGUUGACCGACCGUAUCUGCCAUCUGGUUUGUUGCUUCGCCGCAUAAAACUGGAAGCUUAGGAAGCGAACGGUAAUGGAGAAGAAUUAGUGCUGCAGCUGGUGAAGCAGAAGCAGAAGCAGUAGUAGUAGAAGAAGAAGAUAAUCUCGCGAUUUAACGACCUUCGAACGUGGGACCCGCGUGGUGUGAACCUUGUUACUAUGUGUCGGUAGAGAAAACAUCAAUUCACAAGCAAUCGGGCGUCAAGGUGAAAAUUUCAGAUGCUUAUCGCGCGAGAGGGCAGGUUUCGGUUCGAGCUGCCUCUGAGCUGAUAUGUUGAGCUGAGAUCGUGCGAAUCGACAUUAAUCACGUGACGCCAACCGACCGCUGCUGAGAGUAAGUAUGCAGCGGAGAUGACUCUCGCUGCGGAAAGCCAACAGACCAACAACGCAGCUUUGCUCCAAAUAAAGUGCAUCCACCGCAUCCACGGCCCGACUGUGCCGGCUGCCGAGGGCUGCGGCCAGCAUAAGGAAUCAAAGUGGUGAUCAUAGUUAGUGGUGGCUGUAAAACACGGUGUGUGGACGUGAAGAGAGGUACACUUAUUGGAAAAGCGAAAAUCGCCCCGACGUUGUUUGAAAAUAAAUGUUUGUCGGAAUUGAACAAUCUCAGCGAAAACAACGCGACGGAGCGACGCGUAAGUGAAAAUAAAGCAAUAAAGCAAGCAAACAAGAGCCCGAGCGGAAAUGGUUCUUUUCUGUCUGGCGGUGAAGACCGAAUGCUGAUAUGAGUGCAGUGAUUAGUGGAGGUACGAACUGGGCCGGUGCGGAGAGUUCCCACACUAACCUCGCGAAAGUAGUUUCCAGAUCAAGAUGAGCUCCUCGUGAGUGAGUAAGUCCGACGGUGAUACGAAUGGGAAUGGGAAAACUUGAAGCCCUUGAGCCAACCCAGAAACCGAAUUGUAGUUGCGUGUGUCAUCGCGGUGAAAAAUCGUCGAUGCGUUGGAGGAGGUGUUUCUGCUUCCGCGAGAUAACUGGACUGGAAAACGACACAAAGUACCAAUUCGGAGGGAGGCGCGGCAGCGUGAAGUUAAAUAUUUGAGAGAUUUUGUUUCGUAAUUUGUACGUGAAGCUUGCAAGUGAUAGCACGAGGUGAAAAAAGUGGAAAAAUAGUUCGUGAAGAAGGGCGCCCAAAGAUGCCUGCUGGAUAUCGACCAAAUGGGAUAAUUCAUCCCACUAAUGGCCAUAUAAAUCUACGUUGAGAGGCGGAACAAGUCCGAGCAAAAUAUGUCAACAUGUAAAGAAGCAUUUAAGCGGGAGGGAGCUCUACCCCUCGGCAUUAAGCAUUUUUCCGGCCGGAGAAUGAUCAGCCUAUGUGAAUUUUCCGCCUACGACAAUAAAGGAUUCCAAAGCAAUGGCGUACCAAAAGUUCGCUCCUGGAUCAACGGCACUGACCUCCAGUCAACUCUCUCGAGACCCCGUUCGGCAGAGGUUGUGACCGCCAAUGGAGUCAACGGAACCAUACCAAACGGUCGUGCCCACAACGGUGUCAACGGGGUCAAUGGGAUGAAUGGGGUGGUAACCCGAGGACCCGGGGGUCUCCACGAGGACCUUGAAUUCCCACCAACGACCCGAACUCUAUCCAAAAAGAAACAGAUAGUCUGGAUGCGGCCACAUGAUAUUUGUACGAGGCCACAGUUUCGUUUGUCCCCACCAGGAACACCACUUACGGCGCGGGAACUGCCCGAACCGGUGGGACCAGGCGAUCCCAGUCUGCUGGCCGCCCUAGGAUGCCUAUCACAAUUGCCAAGACUGCUGGAACGAGUCGUCCCACCGGAACAGACAUUCGAUACGUCGAAUGGUUACUGUGGAAUGUUCAAAUUCCGCUUCUGGCAGUGGGGCAAAUGGAUCGAGGUACGAGUAGAUGACCGCUUGCCGACACGUGGAGAUCGACCCGCUCACAUGCACUGCUCCCAACCGGAUGUCUUCUGGGCGGCGCUGUUGGAAAAAGCUUAUGCCAAAUUAUACGGAGGAUACGCCUUCCUCAAGUUCGGAACGGUGGGCCGUGCGUUACAAGACCUCACCGGAGCUGUGGUUCAAAGUGUCCCACCGAGCGGACCACUGCUAGGAGGAGCCGUGCCAAGAUCAACCUUAUUAGUAGCGAUAAGUGGAGUGGAAAAGGAAACCAAACGACGUCGAUCGGGAUUGCUGUCGGAGCACCCGUACAGCGUUACCGGACUAGCCAGAGUGCGUGCAAAUUCAUCGGACUCAUCGCAAGCAAGCGGUCAAUCAGGGGACACCAGCCUGAUCAGACUACGGAGUCCCUGGAUCGGAGGCGAAUGGGGUGGUGUAUGGUGUGGUGCUUGGUCCGAACGCAGCUGGGAGUGGAACGCACUGAACGAGCGGGAUCGAGAGCUCCUGUCGUCUAGAUCUUCAAACGACUGCGAGUUUUGGAUGUCAGUCAACGAAUUUCUCUCAAGGUUUGUCGUUAUCUGGUUGGCCCAUAUUGGACCGGAUGAUUGGGCACUGGAGCCAGGACUACACACGCGAACACCCUGGAGAGCCGCACUGGCGGUACGACAAUGGCGAGCCGGAUUCAACGCAGGAGGCCCGCACAAAUUCAUUGAAACGACCGCCACAAAUCCUCAGUUUAGAAUACGGGUGCCGACGGGACACCCAGCGAAGGCACAUGUAGUUGUGGCAGUGGCACAGAAGUACGAGUGCUAUCGAAGCAGAAACUACGAGGACGAUGAGAUUGGUUUUACGAUAUAUGAAGUCCCGCCGGGAAUGCAACGAGUCACCCCUCAAUAUGUUAGCGAACAGAUGCCACUGGAUUUUGCUCCUUUAUCUAACCUGAGAGAAAUUGCGACUUUCUUCGCGCUGCCCGCUGGAGACUUCGUAGUGAUGCCACACGCCCAACAGCAUAGAGAAGGCCGCUUCCUGCUACGAAUCUUCGCCGAUCAGCAUACUGACGUUUGGGAGGUCAACGAGGAGAACCUGGUGAUUCACAACAUUGCGGCCGAGUUUUGUGAUGAAAGAACCAUAGAUUCUAGAAUACUGUAUAAGUUGCGUACGAGAUACCCUCACGAGAUAGACUCUCCCCAACUGCAAGCAAUCCUCAAAGCACAUGGCGGCAACAAUCGCGGAUUUCGGGGCUUAGGUGGGAUCAAUUGUGGACCUUCGCUGGAACUGUGUCGAGGAAUGUUGGCCUUGAGAGAUCCCGCACUUGGGGGACGAUUAUCCAUCGAGCACGUACCCGCGCUGAUUGGAUUGAUGCGUUUCUGGAAGGCCGCCUUUCGACGCUGUGGACCAUCAUCGUCAGGAACGGCGACACUCAGCCGUGGGAUAUGGGCGUCCAAAGUUUCUUCGUACUGUUUACGGGGACUUCUGUGGGCCGGAGGUGCCACCGCUAGCAAUAAAGUACUGGAAGCGCUGGUUAGCAGGUUCACACGCAACAGACAGAUCACCCUCGAGGGAUAUUUGCUGUCGAUGGCCAGGCUUCAUCUCGCCCAUGAGCGCUAUCAUAGUCUGGAUGCCAAAGCAAAAGCAAGUCCACUGUCAUUGGAAGAGAUGAUUCUGAUGACUAUCUAUUCUUGAGGGACAUCGGAUCCUAAAUAAGUGGAAAAAAACGGAAGAGAACCAAAGACAACCUUAACGAUUAUGGCAAAAUCUGUGACAGAAACAGAAUGCAAUAAAAAUUCUAAGGAAUUUAAAAAUAAUUUAGAAUGUUACUAAUUUAGGGAACGAAUAAGCACUGUAACGCUGAUCAAAAAAGUAUUAUGAAACUGACAUGUUUAAAACAAAUAAAUAAUAGUAAUUUAUACAAGUCUAGAAUACAAGCAAGCAUACAUGAGUUAACAUUUUUGUAGCAAGAGUAUAAUAUAUCGGUAGGAAUUGAAUUGUUGACAUUGAAAAUAAACGUUAUUUA